AGCGUUUUUCCCCGCGCUCACCUGUGAUAGAAGAACCCCUAUUGCGAGUACACGAGAAAAAAAAAAGCGUCUCAGCGUUCUUCGCGAAAUACCUAAUAAACUGAAUAUAUUCAACCUUGUGUCAAAAGAGUUAUCGUUGGGCGAUACAUUGAGAGAUCUGAGGCGCACCGGAUCUUUCUUCCCACCAGUGGCGAGUAUUACUCUAACUUUGCUACCCAUUGUUAUUGUUAUUGAUAUUAUUAUUAUUUUGUUGCGUCUAUUCACUAUCUAAUCUUAGCCUUCUAUUGUCGACAAUGGCAGACGGAUACAGCAUCCUUGGGGUGCCGAUGAACGUGUCAGUAUGGGUGCUUUUAGCGAUCACCGGAGUUCUCGUGCUGCUCGCCGGACUGAUGGCCGGACUGAUCAUAAGUGUUUUCUCAUUCGACACCGCACGACUGCGUGCGCUUGCGCAGCGCACAGACACGUUGGAAGGGCAGCAGGCGCGCAAGAUGCUGCCUGUCCUUCGAAAUCCACAUUGGUUGCUCGUCACCCUUGUCGUCGUCGAUUCUGCCGCGACAGAAAUGCUGCCGCUUCUCUUCCAUGUGCUUCUUAAUCCAGCCAUGACCAUUGUAGUGUCUGUUGCCUUACUCGUCGUGUUUGGCGAAAUUAUCCCGGAAGCUCUUUUCACCCACCACGCUCUGGCGUUUGGCUCCGCACUGGUCCCCUUAAUUGUUCUUCUGAUGGUGGCGACAGCGCCGAUUUCGUGGCCAUUGGGCAAGCUGCUCGACUGGUGCGUUGGUAGUCGGUCCAGCGUUGCCUUCAAGCGAGGCCAACUGCGAGAGGUGAUUCGCUAUCGUGGUGAAGUGCUGCACAACAUGCACGCAGCCGGCGACGCGCCUGGGCUGCGCCACGAAAGGGAACUCGACACCGACGAGCACAUACCGAUUCAGCGACUCGAAACGCAAAUAAUGCUGGGGGUGCUCAGUCUCUCCGAGCACGAAGGCAGUUCUGUCUUGAAAAAGGGCAUUGGUGCCACAUUCACUGUGCAUCAGGACGCCAUUAUUAGCAAAAAGAUGAUACAGAGCAUGGCAGCACACAAGCUCACCUACGUCGCUGUCUACAAAGAUGCCUUCAACCCGUCCGACGUCACUCAAGUGUUUGAGCUGCGUCUUUUACUUUUCCUGGCGUACUGCGAGGAAGGCCCCACAAUUCGAAUUCGUGACCUUCCACUGCUACCUCUGCCGAGGUACUGCGCCAGCACACCGUGUAACGUUCUGCUAGAGUACCUGCACAAGUCGCCCCUCCAAGUCGCAGCUCUGACCCGCCCGCAGAACGCUGCCAAGGUGGUCGGGAUUGUAUCAACGGCAGAUGUCGUGGAACUAGUUCACGCGACUUCUUUUGAUUCCGUCUACGCCGAGUCGCCGCAGCUUCCACUUGAUGCCGUGGUACAAUCAUUUCGACAAAAUAGCACUUCCCUUGCUCUUGAGGCACGUCAGUGGAUGAUGAAUAGCGGUGGUGGCGGCGGUUAG